CCAUUUUCAUGUUGACAAUCUGGAGUUAAGAGAAAAUGGCAUCGUUUUCAAGGACGAAAGGAAGCAGAUCUGGUAAGCUAUGCUGAAUAUAUUUUGUUAAAGCAAGUCCAGUGUUUUCCUAGUUUAAUUAUGUUUACUUUUGAUCCGUCGUAGCCUCUCCACUUCGGAGCAGUGCACCGGAUAAUCUCCGGCGUUCUGGCAGCUUUGGAAAAUCGGGUAGUAGAAGUUUGCACUUAGCGGCAUCGUUUGACUCAAAAACUGGGUAAGUUCUUUAAGUACAUACCCUUCAGUUGUUCCCAGGUGCUACUGUGGCUAAAGUGAUUUUCACUUAAUUUCUAUCGAGGUACAAUAAAAAGGUUGGGAACGCUAUUGUUUAUGCACACGGCAGUUUGGCACGCUGAUAUCAGGCAUUCCCCAGUUGCUACAACUGUCUUCGCCGAUCUUUGGUAUCGUUCACAAUUUCACCCAAACGGAUUUGUUUGUAUGCUUUCAUUAAAUCAAGGACUAAAAAUCUUAAGAAACGAUAGUGCUGGUUUGGUAAAGAGCUAUUUAUCCCCAGGAGAACGAUCCUUUCAAAAUGCCCGUGCGUGCAAAACUCGAAGAUACACUGUGCAUGACUGUAAUCGUAUAAACAUACCACAAAACGCUGAAGAAUUUGUAAGUAAAAUUGCAAGGCUGAUUUUAACUGCAAACUGUGUGUUUGUUUUCCAACAAAAGCGCUUUUAAUCCUUGUCAAGUUUGCGAAAGUAAACAACAAUUUUAAAUCCCAAAUUGAGCUUAAAAAUUACAGGGAACACAACCCUCACUGCACCUGACGAUUUCGAGUUUAUUAGGGAAAAUUAACGUAAGCUUGCAAAAUUAUUUUUUAUUGAUUCCGCGGUGAGUGAGAGGAAUACAGGAUUUCAUUACUGAUUCUAUUGUUUUCUCUUCUUAUUCAGAAAACAUACCAGAUCUUCCACAUCUAAUGCUGCAAUUGGAGAUAUUGAAAAUGAGUACAUCAGGAAUCUUCAACAACAGAUUUAUUUCCUUGAGUUGGAAGCCAACUAUCUGUAUCCUUUGCCAGCCAUGAUUUAAAACCUGCAUAUUUUUCUGUAACAGUUUGAACUUAUCAAACUGAGCCCAGUUAGUUUAUCUAAUUCAACCAAAGAUUGCACUUGAAAUAUCCACUGCAAGAAAAAUCCUGCGGUAAAGCUACCAUAUUUCCUGGAAGAAUAGCCGUCCCUUGAUUAAUUGCCUCCCCUGGAUAGUUACCCCCCUUUGACGGAAAUGUUUCAAAAAUAAUCGUCUCCCUUGAGAUAAUGAUUCGCCCGCCCCUCUCGCCAUCUUCUCUUCCCUUUAUCCCCUCCCUGUCAAGUUGAAGUGCAAUGUGAUCCAGCAAAACUGAUCAGUGGCGAUUUAAGCUCUGAAAAUUACUCAGACAAGGAACUAAAUUUGGGACACUUAAUUAAAAAACCCAUGUUCAGUUUAUUUGAUGUGAUUAUUAAUUUUUUUUGAUUUAAUGGGAAACUGAAAACAAAAUAUUUAGGACAGUGAGCAAAUAUUAAAUUUGAAAUAAUUGCCUUCCCUAGAAUAAUCACUCCCUUUUUCUGCGAAAAAAAUUAAUAAUCGUCCCCGGCUAUUAUUCAAGGAAAUACUGUAUUUAAUGUAUCGAUGGGAAUAGAUCAGAAGGAUUCCCUCUGUGUCUCCUCAACUUAACAUUAUUGUACUCCCUCUUCAAAUUAAUGAUCCCCCUUCUCAGGCACUCAAGCGCUUGAGUGUUCACAUUUGUAUAAACAGUUGAGGCUCUCUUAAGCAACCGUGCACCUUGGGAACCUUAUAAAAUGGUCGCAACUAGAGCUAGUCAUUUACGAGAAUGAGUUCUCGUAAGUGAAGGCAGAUUGAAAGUUCGCUAUACAGUGUACCUAUCACCACAGUUUCCUGUUGUUUAGGACACCAGAUCUCGGUCCUACUCACGGUGUCCACAAUAACAAGAGCUGACUAGUAUGAUCAACAUAAAAUUUAACCCUUUCACUCCCAGAAGUUCAAUAUAAAUGCUGAAAAACAAAAAGUACUGUGCGAAAUGUGCUGCUGAAGAGAUUUCAUUUGAAUGGUCACACCAUAAGAUUUUUUCCAUGGACUUUUUACCAUGUGAGAGUAUUGCUCGAAGAUAAUUCAUUUGAAAAGUCACACCGUGGGAUUUUAUCCACAAACUUAAAAGUUAGAACAACAUCUUAAAUAAAUAGUACCAUGUGAAAGUACUUCUGAAGAGAUUUCAUUUAAAUGCAUGGUCACACCAUAGAAUUUUGUCCACAAAUCGACUCAAGAGUUAGCAGUACAGUGUAGGUUAGAGGUGAAUAAUUGUUGAGGAACUUUUACGAAAUGUGAUGACGAUAUCGAGUGUGUUCAUGAUUUUUCCUUGAUUGACCCUUUUAUCACCAGACGAGAGCAAGCACGGAAAGCUUCAGGUGAGCCUAAUUUAAAACAUAAAAAUAAAAAGGUUUUUAUAGACAGUUUGAGUAAUUCAACUGUAGGCAACUUAUUAUACCAGCAUUGUUACAAUACUGAGACAGACAACCCACUUUGCUCUUGACAGGUGCUCCUCACAGGGCAACAAAUUUGUGUACAUGAUGUGUAAUUUUCUACUUCCAAACAGUUACAAUAAUAUUAGGGAGCUUAGAAAGGCAUUUGUAUGGAGCUUAAGCAAAGGUGUUUUUGAGCGAUGCACGUCAGCUGGAAGUGAGGCUUCUUCUCUUCUAUAUGCCUUGUCAUGCUACCAAAUUUGUAUUGCUAAGUGUCUUCACUCUUAUAGAUGAUUUGCCCAAUAAUUUGGCCAAACCAUGGCCCAAGAAUACAAACAUCCCCCCAGUUUCCUGUUGACAUGCGUCGCUCAAAAAAGUCUUACAUUUUUCUUAAGCUCUCAAUUUAGUCUGCCAGGUCCCCUUGCCUGACAGUUUUGGGCGUACAAAACUCGAAGUGGAUAACCUUAUUUACAGACUUACCUGACAAUAACACCCAUUGUUUCCCUAUAUGUAAAUGAGUUGCUCUGGUCUGAGUUUUAUUCCUUACCUGACAAAUAAAGAUGGAAGGUAAAGGAAGGUUAUUUUACAUCAGUAGCUCAAAACAGUCAUCAUUUGGUAAUUCUCCAUAAAAACUGAUCACAACUUGUUAGUAAGUUGGUUGUUUUGUUCCAUAGCCAUUCCUCCUCGAGUCACAGAGGAAGCAGAUCGCAUGAUGCGGAAGCUGCGUGAUCUGCAGGGGAAGGUGGAUGAGAGAGCAUCAGAAGUUGCACGAAAGGAAUCACAGAUGCACAUGUUGGAGGCAGAGAAAGACUCAGCAAUAAAACGACUCAGGGAUGCUGAAGGUGAAGUAUUUAGCAUUUAUUGUCAAAACCCCUCCGGUGGCUACAAGUGUCAGGUGUGCUUCUGUCCUAGACUGUGAGAAGAGCAUGAGAGGCAAAGGGCGAUGUGCGAGAUGAGGGAAGGAAAGAAAAAUAAAUAUAUCAUUUUUUCUUUUUCUCUCAUCUCACGCUUGACAUUUUCCUUCUUCUUGGUUGGCUAAAGUAAAAAUUUAGGCUGUUAUGCUGGCGUUUAAAAAAGUUAGCUUGCGUUGCAUGCGCUUGGAAGUAGUGGGCACAAGAGAGAACGGGCGCGCGAGAAGGAGACACCCCUCGCGUGUCUUCCUCGCGCGCGCCCGUUCCCUCUUUCGCCCACUACUUCCAAGCGCCUAAAAAAGGUGUGCAUGAGAUAAUUAUUAUUGAGCAUUUAAGGGACGUUUGGGUAGAGUUGUGCUAACGAGGAUUUCAAACCCUGAGCCUGUUUAAAACAAAACUUGUUUAUUUUGCUUCCCUGUUUCAGACAAGAGACCAUUUUUGAUGAUCCUGAUUCAUUUCAUUUGACUCGCAUGCAGAAUUAAGCAAUUUCAAAUGAGCCUGAGAAAACAGCCGACUCUUCAUGACGCCACCACUGGUUUCCCCGCGAAAUGACGUCUGAGAAACGAGCGCAGAAAUUCCAUACUGAUGACGUGUCACUACAAAAUCUGGGUAGUGCUUCUGAUUGGUCGUGCCACGUGGGAAAUUUGCUUCAGCCAAUCAGAAGCACUAUCCAGAUCUGGGUAGUGAUGUGUCAUCAGUAUGGAAUUUUUGCCUUUGUUUCUCAUAUGUCAUUUCGCGGGGAAACCAGUGGGCUGUUUUCUCGGGCUAUUUUCAAACUAACAUCAUGGAAUUAGAUUCUUUGUUGUUGAUACCACAAAGCACAAAGUAGACCCGCUCAUCAGCAAUCUUUGAAAUUUAACGAAUUGCCCAAGCUGUUUUCUAGCGAAAAGGCCAUUGUGUCUAAAAUAGAAAAAAAAAUGUUUCUGCAGAGUCCCAUGCGGCAGAGAAACGCCAGCUGGUGAAUGAAAUAGUGUCGCUGAAAAAAAUGGCCGACCUUCACGAUCGUGAUAGUGCUCGCCGGGAUCUACAAGUGCAUCAGUACAAGAGUGAGGCUGACAAAGGACUAACAGCAUUACAGGACGCUGAGAGAAAAGUACAGAAUUACAGAGUAGAGGUACGUUAUAGCUUUAAUUUUUGAAAUUCACGCGAAAUUGGAAUCUCGAGAUCCUGUCCCGCGAGAGAAAGAUACAAAAGCUGAAAAAUUCUUUUUUAAGAUAAACUUUAAAAUUAACUUGACCCAUGGCACAGCGAAACGCUGAAAGAAGUUACAGUGCAUAUUAUGUGAAAAUCGCGGAACUGUAACUGAUUUAGAUGAAUUUGCUAGGUUAAAAACGGUGCUCUUGAUACAGACGAAAAUAAUUGUCUAGCUCAGUUUGUUCAGUUUGUGAAAAAAAAGAACUUAAAGAACAAAGUGACAAACAAAUCAAAACAAAACGGGAUAACACAGGGCGCCAAAUUUGACUCAAGAGGUACUUCACUUUCAAAUAGACUGAAAUAAUUUUUAUCUUCUCGUCCAAUAGGCCAUUUUACAGUUGUGGGCUUGGUGUCCUAGCCUUUGAUUGAACGUGAGGUUGAGGCUGACCUUGUUUUGAUACUAACCUCCUUCCUUUUCUGAUGGAAAAUUGUUUAAAAAAUACUGGUUAGCAUAACAACAACAAGUUUUGCAUAAUAAAGCAAGAAGGGUUAUAUCAAAACAAGGUCAAUUCCAGCUUCGUUUCCAACUGCAACUGUAAAAAGUGCGAUUCAUAUUUAGAGAGUCUCACUUCUGCGAUGAGUUGAUUCGCUGGAUUUUAGUCUAAGAAUGAUAUUUAAAGCCGAGAAUGUUAUCAGACUUUGGAUAGGAAUUUUAUGGCUUAUGAAUUACUUCUGUUGGUAAGGAUACCAUUUUCUUUUUUAUAUUCAGCUGGACCGCAAGACUGGGGAUUUAAACAAUCUCAGAAUAGAGUUGGAAGAGAAGAGAGCGGAGUGUUUAAAGCUCAAGACCCAGCUUCAAGAAAUGGACGAAAAGUUCUUUGACUCUCAAGCGAAAACAAAAGAAGAAAUUGGCCGGGCACUCAGGGUAAGGCAUCGCACACUGUGUGGCUUACAUGUAGUUAGCACCAAUAGCAAGCAAUUUGAACACUUUUGCUACAGCAUUGACCAUAUUUUUGUUUGAAAACUUUCCUAUUCAAUAUAGGAGGAAAUACGACAGCUACGACUACAGCUGAAAGAAAAAGAAAUUAACGCUGAACAGGACAGAAGUCUUAGAAACAAGGUAAAAUUAAACUUAUAUGUAACUAUGAUUUUCUCCUGAAGAAUAAUGAGCAUGAAAAAAUUGGGUUUGCUAACACUAAUUAUUUCAGGGUCACGUGACAUCAAAGGAUAAAAUUGUUUCACGCCAAUAGUCUCUAACCAUGCAAAUUUGUGAAGUCAAAGAGAAACGAUACACUUGUGCGAGUGGUCCUCAAAACAGCUUGUUUUUUUCUAGUAAAAGUUAACCUCUGCUCGUAAGACGGUAAGCCCCCAAAAUAAGGAUUCUCGCCUAUUAAGCAUUCGACCCUUAAGUGCCUUUGACAUCAUUCCCUGUUUAAUACCUCGCGCCGCCAAAACUUUUCUUGGGCCAGUUGACCAACGCAGAGGUAUGGAUGUCUUGCACUCUAUGUUGCGUACGGAACCAGUUAUCUUGGAGAUACAGUCUGUACAUAUUACAACCAUUUUACGUGACCUAAAACCUUAUUAAGCCACUGGCAACAUAAGGAAGAUCAUUACGCCACGAGCUUGUCCACUGAGAAGCAAAGAGAAACAGUUUAAUCUUACCUGGUCGCCUCUCUUACUGCCCUGUGAAUCGCGCAUAGUAGGAAAUGGGAAACUGCAUGAGAAUGACUGCGAGGGGUUUGGUAGCCUUUUUAUGAAGAUUGGUCAAUCAAUCAAUAAACGAUAAAUUUAAAACUAAUAAAACCUGUUAUGAUUUCAGAUCCAAGAUGACUGUACGGCUUUAAUUAAAGAGAAUGCUGCCAUAUCGGCUCAAGUCAUCGAACUUAGAAAACAAAUAGAUAUGGUGAGUUGUCCUGACUUGUCCGCUAAUGGCGUGGUGCUUUGCGUAAAAAAAAUGAUCCUUCUGUUUUCUAAGAUCUUUCCCUAAGAAUAUUGCUAUGUAGCAAGGUGCUUAGUCAGCCUCCUGUGUCAGCUUAAGUCCUUCCUCUACUAACUGCUACAGAAGCAACAUCUCCACAACAUACAUAUCUUCACAAGUCUGUAACAGCCAACUCCCCUCGACAUUAGGGCUAUAAAGAUCCAACGACGCGACAGCAACGAGAACGUCGCUUAAAAAGUGAAUUUGCGUUCUUUCAGUCUUUAUCGCGAUUAUUCCUACUUAGUUACUUUGUCAAAUAUACGCGAAUCCUCCUGAAUUUGAAUUCCAAGGGACCAUAUUCAAGUUCAGAAAGCGAAAUAAAAUUUCGUCGUUGCUUGUUUAGUUCUCCAUAAAACACAAAAUUAGGCAUUUUCACGUCAUAGUUGUGCAAAAACGGCAAAAAAAUGUACAAAAAAGCUUGUGAUGCACGUGUAAAGUAGUGAACACCUGAAGCCUGAAAAGGGCGGAGCCUCCUUGUAUACGAGUACGCGAGUGCGCGCGCCCUGCCGGGAUCUGAGUUCGAAUUUUUCUUCCAGUUCGCAAGAAGAACCGUCUGGGUUAAGUGAAUCUGAAAAUGUGUUUCAUCCUCGUAUCGUUUUAAUUGUGACAGGAUCGUGCCCACAAGGACGAAAAAGAUUACCGUCGACAGGCCAACAUCCAGGAACUAGUAACGCUGAAAGAGAGUGAGAAACAUUUACAGCAGGAGCUAGAACGGACGAAAGAGCUAUUAAGGCUUGAACAACAUAAUCUUAAGGAAACCCUUCAGAAGGUAUUAAAAACACUCACUUUUCAAUUCUCACCAUUUUUUCUUGUCUUCCUUUUUCCCACAAUAUGUUGUUUUGUUCCUUCUUCAUUUAUUUUUUUUUCCUCUUAGCCUUUGCGCCCUCGUUUCACGCAUUCAGCAGCGCUACCUUGAACUACGCGCUUGCCUCACAAGUCUCAACCGUGACCAAAUUUACAAUUGCUUCGUGCACUUUCUCCGACUGAAAAGGGUUAAAUUUGCUUGUAAUAUUGACUCUUAAGAGUUUCUUUCAACGUUUUAUUUCACAUGCAAAUAUUAUUUUUUCCCUUGUGUGAGCCUCUACUAUAUACUAGUUCCAGUUCUCGGCGGAGAACACGAACAACGGUCAUAUCUGACUCAGGGUACGUUAAAGUACUCGAACCCAUUAGGAUCAUCAUAUGUUUCUGGGAAACUGCCCACCUACCCCACCAAAAGCCAACAAUAACACGGACUUCUCACUUAGGGCAACAUGUUGGCUUAGGGGAGGGGUAGGUGGGCAGUUUCCCAGAAGCGUAUAAUGUUUAUCUCAGUAAUCUUGCCAAAAAUGAGAGAUAAUUGCAUUGGUGCAUGAAAUGUUUGGCACUGGUCAGUUGGUUGAAUACAAGUACAAGAUUGUGCACGGCGAAUACUUUUUGCGAAGCGUUUCCAGCAGCCAGAGGAUGUGUGAGCCAUGUAAAUGGACUGUCAUCUAUUGUUUAUUAUUAUUGACUUCCUCGAAAUUUCGCGGCAGCGCUGUUUUUAAGAACUGCAAGUCGUUACUGGGUGAAGGAGCUCAUUAGAAAGACUUGAGGGAUAUGAUUGGCGUAACCAGUGUUAAAUCUAAAGCGUGCGAACUUUUUUUGAAAAUCCGUUCUCGUGCUUAAUCUUGCGCUGGGCCUAGUUGUUCAAAAGAUACAUAACGCUAUCCACCGGAUAACGCAAUUGAUUUCCCUAAUACUUAUCAGCUGGAUAGUCAGGAUAGUGAUUUAUCCCGUGGAUAGCGCUGUCCAAUGUGUGAACAACCAGGGCCUGUAGUCCACACUAAAACUCAUCACUGUAUGACAGAUACCUUAUGGCUUAUUGAUUCUUUCAGUUGUCAAGAGAGGAACAAGCGUCCUUGGAAGGUAAGGUUCAAGCCUAAUCUAAAAUUAUUCUGUGAGAGGGAAUAAUAUGAAAUUCAUUCAUUUGAAUGCGGAAGAGAGAUUAAGCAUUUUCACACUUAACUGCGGUGUUAAAUGUCCUUGUGUUGAAAAAUGUCAAUGUUGCCUCCAGCCUGCAUAACAGGACUUUUUAAGCCAAGCACGAAAAAGGCAAAGUAUAGUCCUCUUCUCCGUAAGUAAAUGGCUGUCUAAGAGUGUUACUUGCCAGAACAAUGACACUUUAACGAAGAAAAAGGUAGCCCUACAGGAAUUGGUGGCUUAUGAAGACGUCGUGAUUUGAAGCGGCCCUGAAAUUCGUUGUGAAUUGCCUUAAUCUGAUCAGAAUAUUUCGAAAUUCGAUGGGGUGGAACGUUUGAGAGGGUAAAGGCAGGAUACUUUUUCCCCAACAUUUAACACCGGGAGGAAGAAUCGGGAGCGGAAUAUCCUAAUUUUAUAGGCGUCAUCGCCAUCAUCAUCGGUAUUACCACCACCAUCAUCAACAUUAUGAUCAACAACACCGUCAUUGGCAUUAGCAGCAUCGUCAUCAACCUCGUCCCCAGGCGGAUAGGAGAGAACCCUGGGAACGAGAUUGCAUCGUCAUCGUCAACAUUUUUAUAAUUUAUUUCACCUUCAAAUAGCUAUAGCUUGCUGAGGCGGAUGAAAAUUGUCUCAGUACACUGCGUUUUUAAGUUUAUUUCUUAAAUGAAUGUCACUAAAUUUUCCUUGCAGCCAAUUUAAGACGAACUCAGCUGCGCAGUGAGUUGAACGAGAUUGAAGGGCAACACGACUCGACUAACUCAGAAAACGUCGCCCUUAAAAGAGACAAGCUCCUCCUUACUGACGAAGUGGCAAACUUAAACGCCAAGGUAUAGAAAGAUACAUUUUUGUUUAAAAAAGCUUAAAAGAUUAAAGGUUCGUUCAAAGUGGAAACUGCACUUAGCUUAUCCAGCUAGGAUGAGCUAAGGAUAUUCACUCAAAUAAUUAGGAACAAAUAAUCCAAACAGAACGUAACAACUGGUAGUAGGCAACCAGUUGACUUUUACAAGCGUGGCCGAAGAUUUGAACUCAGUAGGACCAAGAACAAAUCCAGCAAGUGGCCAGAGCGGAACUCAAACCCGGAAUUGCCGGAUUGCGACUCCAGCGCACUGACCACUCCGCCACGCUGCCUCCUCCACAGUCUUUUCGUUUAGUGAAAUUGUUGUUAAGCUAUUCAAAACAUACCGUAAAAUUCCGAAAAUAAGCCCCUCCAUGUAUAAGCUCCUCCAAAUAUAAGCCCCCCAAAAUUGUAACGCAAAAAACCCUCCGUUAAAUCGCCCCUCCGAAUAUAAGCCCCUCGGGGGCUUGUAUUUGCUGUCGAAUGUAAAGUAAAACAAAGCAAAAAUGGUAAAUUUUCUUUCCACUACAAUCUAGCCCAACCGAUUUUAUAACGCAAAUUUCCCUCCAUACAUAAGCCCCUCCGAAUAUAGGCCCCUCCAAACUAAGCCCCUAAAAAAGGGCUUUCGAAAAACAUAAGGCCCGGGGCUUAUUUUCGGAAUUUUACGGUAUUUCUAUUAAUGACUUUUACCUUUUGGUUGUGAUUGUUAAAAAGCUUCCUCACUCUCUCCCAUCCCAUCUGGUCGCGAUGUUUUCUCAUUCCCCCACCCCCUCCCAGCUCCAAUUUAGUCACGAUAUUUUCUCUGACCAUUUUGUUACUCGUCACGCGUGUUAGGUAUCUACCUCCCCGACCCUUCCAGUCUUUACCUUUGACCCUGAUGAGUCACCUUAGAGAGGCUGUGUCACGGCUGACUGUUUCAUUUUGUUCCAGUUACGCGUCCCCAUUCGCCUUAUUACUUGAGAAAGUACUUGUGAAUGACAAAAUCACAGCUUUGUGUCAAACAAAUAUGCCUACCAAGCAUUUUAUCAGACAUUACAAACAACAAAAAUGGAUUUUGAAAAACUGUUAGGCGAACAAAUUUUCAAAAACCACAAUUGCAUUCCAUUUCUAUCUUCUAGACAGUCUGUCCACCCGUGUUUUCCUUUUGUAUUUUACUUUGUUAUUUAUACCUUAUCUUAACGUUUUGAGCUUUUAUUUUUAUGUUUCACUCAGUUUGAAUUUUGAUAAAUUUAGUGACACAGCUCCUUUAAAAGAGAGCACAGGCGAGACAUCCAGCCUUAUCAUAAUGCUUCUUUAUUUUGUACACGCAGCUUGACGAGCGGGACGAGGAAAUCGAGCGACUCAAGUUAAGACUCGAGGAAGCCGAGUCUCGCUGCUCUCAUCUCGAUUCAAAAGUUCGAAUGCAGAGAAGUUUGGAAUCCAUUAAAUGGGAAGAGUUCGAGAAGCUUGCCACUACCAUGAGAGAAUUUUCACGGUCAAUGAGUCCUUCUAAGAGUGGGAGCUUGGUUGACUACUAGAACUAUACUGACCUUAAGUGUUUAACCAAUCAUUAGUGAAAUGUCGCGUUUCUCUUCUGAGCGGGUGUUCGUGUGAGUGCUUCACGUUUGCUUCCUUGUUCUUCCUUUGUUUUUUUAUAAAUAUUGUAAACCUAAGAAGUGGUAUGGGGCUGGUUCGUAUUACAGACCUGCCCGACGCGCGAGAAACGCGGGCCAAGAAACAGCACUUUGCGCUUCCCGCUUGAGUUGCGCGUCACUCGCACUUUUACACAGUCCCUUGCCUGAAGGAAGGUUCUGCUCAAAGUUAUGUAUUAACAAUACGCUGUUGAUCAUUUACUUAACUUUUUGAAAAAAAAGUUCCUUCUGUUUAAAACUAAACUGGUCUAAUUGGUCGGCGCCAUUUGUCAUUUUGUCAUUUUACUUAGACGCAAAGGGUUUUCAUGUAUAUAGAGAGAAAGCUCAUUCCUUGCCUAUAUUCUCUCUUAAUGUUAAAUAAAAUCAAGCUAAAUAUAUAACAAAACAAAGAAGACCUAAGACGUAAGUCCGCGGUGGAUCUCUUGCCUCGCGCACAGCUAAAUAGCCCAAGUUGAGAAACUACAGUUUGAAAUAAAGUGUCCUGAAACGUUUACACCUUAAAAGAUUAAGAAAGCGGCCCGAGAACGGUUCCGAGG